AGCCGGGAGGUGGGGAGGAUGGACUAAAUCAUUGUUCACUAACUGGAAUGCAUUUCUCAGUAGCAGGCCAGAGAGUUCCAAGCUGCCUCCUUGGUGGCAAGCUAUGUCCAGUGGCUGGAGACAGGGCCACUCGUAUGGGAGGAGGACAUGGAGGGGGCCUGGGGGAAAGGGGAGGAAGCCUUCCCAGCACAGCAGCUCAGGGUGUGUCAGGCCCCACCCCCAGAGGCGGGGCCAGGCUGGGUCCCACCAGCCUCAGCUCCAUCCCAGGCGAAGGCAGAGCCAGGGCAGCAGAGAGCUGGGGGCCCUGCUGUCUCCACACAGUGGAGGUACCAUGACCUCAAAGGUCAGGACACCAGACGUCACCAGAAGCCGUGCAGCGCUGGCUGGGACAACUCUCUGACACUCGGAGGGGAGCCCAGGCUGGGCAAGCCACACUUGUCACCUACAGUCAUUUCCCGGGAAAGGCCCCGUUGCUAGCUGCUAGCCUGGUGCGGACGUCAAGUUUAUGGGCUGGAAGUCCUACCCGGAGGCUGCUCACUGAAGUGCAUGCCUGCUGCUGCUCCAGGUCUCCCCCGUCCCCAGGCCCAAGAUGACACCCAACAGCACCAGGGAGGUGCCCAGCCCCGUUCCUGCAGGGGCCCUGGGGCUCUCCCUGGCCCUGGCAAGCCUCAUCGUCGCUGCCAACCUGCUCCUGGCCCUGGGCAUCGCCGGGGACCGCCGCCUGCGCAGCCCGCCCGCUGGCUGCUUCUUCCUGAGCCUGCUGCUGGCAGGGCUGCUCACCGGGCUGGCGCUGCCCGCGCUGCCCGUCCUGUGGAGCCAGAGCCGCCGGGGCUACUGGUCCUGCCUCUUCCUCUACUUGGCUCCCAACUUCUGCUUCCUCUCCCUGCUCGCCAACCUCCUGCUGGUGCACGGGGAGCGCUACAUGGCCGUGCUGCGGCCCCUGCGGCCCCGCGGGAGCAUGCGGCUGGCCCUGCUCCUCACCUGGGCUGCCCCCUUGCUCUUUGCCAGCCUGCCUGCCCUGGGCUGGAACCACUGGGCGCCUGGUGGCAACUGUAGCUCCCAGGCCGUCUUCCCAGCCCCCUACCUCUACCUCGAAAUCUAUGGGCUCCUGCUGCCGGCUGUGGGUGCAGCCGCCCUCCUCUCGGUCCGCGUGCUGGUCACUGCGCACCGCCAGCUGCAGGACAUCCGCCGGCUGGAGCGGGCCGUGUGCCGCGGGGCGCCCUCAGCUCUGGCCCGGGCCCUCACCUGGCGGCAGGCCAGGGCCCAGGCCGGGGCCACGUUGCUCUUUGGGCUGUGCUGGGGCCCCUACGUGGCCACCCUGCUGCUCUCUGUCCUGGCUUUUGAGCAGCGCCCGCCACUGGGGCCUGGAACUCUGCUGUCCCUCAUCUCACUGGGCAGUGCCAGUGCGGCGGCUGUGCCCGUGGCCAUGGGGCUGGGUGAUCAGCGCUACACGGCCCCCUGGAGGGUGGCCGCCCAGAGGUGGCUCCGGAUGCUGCGGGGCAGACCCCAGGGCAGUCCUGGCCCCAGUACCGCCUACCAUACCAGCAGCCAAAGCAGCGUGGACCUCGACUUGAACUAGAGGGAGGGCCUCUGCUCAUUCCAGUUAGAAGCAUCCAUCCAUCUUGGCUGCCAAGCCCGUCUCUACAUGUCCUCACGGAUCUGGCUCAUGGAUCAGAGUGUCCCUGUAUGACCCCAUUCUGACUGAAUAAAGCUCCCUUGG